AUGCAAGUGUUAUGUGUUUCUCAACACGACAGCCCUCCCGAUGCGGGUCUGGAGGUCAGCGCACAGGUGUCUGUGUGUGUCUAUGGCUACAGACAAUCCUUUGCCUCCACUCCAAAGGGACACCACUUUCGACAUGUCUUUCCUGAUGACAGCUCUGUUCUGGUCGUCCAUUCUUCUGCCGGCGCUCUCAACGCAUCUGUCGGAAAGGCCGACACAAAUCCAUCUCUCGCUCGGAGGUCUGUCUCCUCUCUGACAUCCUUUCCCUUCGCUAACGCCUCCCACGCCUACCCUAUAGCCGACGCCACUGAGAUGGUGGUCACGUGGGUCACUGGACACCACAUAUCGGGAAAGCCGUGCGUCGAGUACGGCAUCGACGACCUGUCGAUGAAGGCGUUCGGCCACUCCUCGCGUUUCGCGGACGGCGGACACGAGAAACGACACAUUUAUGUCCACAGAGUUGUCGUCAAAGACCUGAAACCUUCGCAAACCUAUCAAUAUCACUGCGGAAGUGACGACGGCUGGAGCGCUGUCUAUCACUUCCGGGCGAAGACUAAGGGCUCUCAUUGGUCGCCGCGAUUCGCCGUCUUCGGCGAUAUGGGCGCCGCCAACGCACAGUCCGUUCCCCGACUGGAACAGGACGUCAGGCGCGGGAUGUACGACGCGAUUCUGCACGUGGGAGACAUUGCCUACAAUCUGCAUUCCGACAACGGGAAAGUCGGCGACGCUUUCAUGCGCUUAAUAGAGCCGAUCGCGGCCUACGUUCCCUAUCAGGUGUGUCCCGGCAAUCAUGAGCACAAAUACAACUUCUCGCACUACGACCACCGCUUCUCGAUGACAGACUCGCGCACCGGGAGUCUAAACAACCACUUCUACAGCUUCAAUAUGGGUCCGGCGCACUUCGUCUCCCUGUCCACUGAAUACUACUAUUACACGGACUUCGGUUGGGACCAAAUCCGCCGGCAAUACGAAUGGCUGGUCGACGACCUCCGCGCCGCCAACUCUCCUGAGAGUAGGGCUGAGCGGCCGUGGAUUAUAACUAUGGCUCACAAGCCGUUGUAUUGCAUGACUGACGACCGCUCGUGUUCGCCGAUCGACAGCUCCGACGCUUUCCAGAGACGGCGUCUCAGGAAAGGCAUCAAAAUGCAGGGAUCGGGCAAAAGGAAGUACGGAUUGGAAGCGCUGUUCUUCAAGUACGGCGUCGACAUCCAGCUCUACGGACACGAACACAACUACCAGCGCCUGUUCCCCGUCUACGACAAUCACGUGCUGAACGGCUCCACAGCCCAUCCCUACCACAACCCGAAGGGACCGGUGGUUGUCAUCACCGGCAGUGCUGGAUGCGACGAACAUCACGCCAAGUUCCGCAAACACGUUCCCGAUUGGUCGGCCUUUCGCAGCACUGAUUACGGCUACACUCGGAUGACUGUCCACAACAAGACUCACGUGUCGCUGGAACAGGUGUCCGACGAUCAGAAGGGAAAGAUUAUCGACCGCUUUGUCGUCGUUAAGGACCGCCACUUAUGA